CAUUUCUUGUUCUUCUUUGGUUUUCAUUCGUUUUAUGGGUUCUUUCUCUUGUAACUGUAUAAAGAUCGAUGAAGGAACUUCACUUGCUUAAGUCCUUCAGAAACCAAGAAAAGCACUAUCAAUUUGGCAUAAAGGAGUCUUGAAAUUUACUGAACAAGCAAUUAGUUAACAGGUACACAGUAUCUGUUGAAGUUGCAGAAUGGAUCAGCGAGUGCAAGUCCAAUCAAUUGAAGCAAGAGCACUAGAUAUAAGGACAAGCAGCACUCAUUACUCACAAGAGAAGAGGAAAUCGCUGCGAGCUCGCUUUAUAAAUGGCUUCAUCUUCUUGAUCAUGAACCUUAAAGCUUGGUUUAUUCGUGAUUAUGGGCAAAAGGUUAUAGCUUAUUUCAAUUAUAUAAAAGCUUGUGGAGUUGAGGGACAAGAUUGUUGUCAUACUUUGGGAGUUCUCCGUGUGAGUUUAGGAUGCUUUAUAUUUUUCUUUCUUAUGUUUGUCACAACAAUAAAAUCAAAAAAAUUAUAUGAAGCUCGCAGCAGUUGGCAUUCAGAAUGGUGGACAUUAAAGUUUUUCCUAUUGAUUCUGUCAAUGGCAAUUCCAUUUUUCUUCCCUUCAAAGUACAUUCAAAUAUACGGCGAAAUUGCUCGUAUUGGUGCUGGGAUCUUUCUUGUCCUCCAACUUGUAAGUGUAAUUGAGUUCAUCAGAUGGUGGAAUAACUACUGGAUGCCUGAUAAGCUGGUGAAAGAAAGUUGCUCCUUUGGAUUGUUCACAUCAACAAUUUUUUACAUUGCUUCUCUAUGUGGAAUCAUCGCAAUGUAUUUGUUAUAUGGACAUAAUCUCAAAUGUUCUCUCAACAUAUUCUUUAUUACAUGGACUGCUAUUCUGCUUACAGUGAUGAUGGCUAUAUCUUUACAUUCAAAGGUUAAUAGAGGUCUUUUAUCUUCAGGGAUUAUGGCUUCAUAUAUUGUCUUCCUUUGUUGGUCUGCUAUAAGAAGUGAACCUGCAAAUGAUAAAUGCAACAAGCAAAAUCUAACUGAUGAAAACAGUGAUUGGACCAGUAUACUUGGCUUCCUGAUAGCAAUAUGUGCCAUAGUCAUGGCUACCUUCUCCACAGGAAUUGAUUCAAAAUCAUUUCAGUUCCGGAAAGAUAAAGUUAAACAGGAGGAUGACAUCCCUUAUGACUACGGGUUUUUCCAUCUGGUAUUUGCCUUGGGAGCCAUGUACUUUGCAAUGUUAUUUAUCAGUUGGAAUCUAAACAACUCAGCAAGAAAGUGGAGAAUUGAUGUUGGCUGGACAAGUACAUGGGUGAAAAUUGUGAAUGAGUGGUUUGCAGCCUCUAUAUAUUUAUGGAAAUUGAUUUCCCCAGUAGUGAGACAGCCCAAAGUCAUGGAUCUGGAGGAAUCCAAUGCAGCAAAUACAUGAAUAUCUCAUUUUCCUUUUUUAUAUUAUUAGUCUUUCUUCACCACUUUUAACUGAUGACCACAAAGCUUGAACCAUUUUCUUAUGGAAUUUGGUAAUGGUAAUAUAGAAAUAUAUUCUUGGUAAUUUUGUUUUUGACAAUUUUUUUCAGAAUUCUCAUUUGAAAUUUUCAGAAUUACGCUAUUUUCUUUUACCUUUUCUUUUCUCUUUAUCGGGUAAGGGAGAACUAAUGGAAUUCAAAAACAUUUAUAUUUGUCCAACAUUGUAUAUGAGCAAGA